UAGAUACGAACUCCGAAAGGGUACUAGAAACCGAGCUGCCUUUGUUUGCAGGACCCGGCUCCUGGUGGUGGUGGUGGUGAGGUGCAGGUGCUUGUGACACAGUGGUUCCGACAACGGAUGACUCCUGCAUCUGGAGCGAGUAGAUCAGAAAGUAUUGGCAAUUUGAUGAGCGUCGCAGAUUAAGCUCCGACUGACCCCGCUUCGUCUGAACUCUUAAGGAUUUGGUGUCCUCGGCUUAACCCCAGACCCAACCUGUUCUUCUCGGUAUCUUCCCAUCUCGGACAGCACGAUGUAUUCUUUGCGCAAUCGCUCGGCUCUGAUUACGGGUGGCUCACGGGGACUGGGUGCUCUUGUAGCCCGGAAAUAUGCCGCCGAGGGCUGCAAUGUCGCUAUUAACUAUGCCUCAAGUAAGGACGAUGCAGACAACCUGGCUGCGGAGAUUCGGGAGAAAUACAAGGUCAAUGCCAUUACUAUACAAGGUGAUGCCGGCCGUCAAAGUGACUGCGUCAACGCCGUCAAGACAACCAUACAGCAGUUGGGCGGACUGGAUAUCGUUGUUUCCAACGCAGGUUGGACCAAAAUAACCAAGUUCGGAGACUUGGACGCCAUGGACAACGAGGACUGGGAUAAAUGCUGGUCAGUCAACGUCAAGGGCCAUCUUUAUCUUUUCAAGGCAGCACUUCCCACAUUCAACGCCAAUCCUGAGGGUGGCGUGUUCCUCUUGACCUCGUCUAUUGCGGCUGUUACGCCGACUGGGAGCAGCUUGCCAUAUGCCGUCACCAAAGCCGGAGGGCUGCACCUGGUAAAGUGCCUCGCACAGACCCAAGGUAGUAAGAUCCGUGUGAAUGCGGUCCUGCCUGGCCUUCUCUUGACCGAAUGGGGCCAGCGCUUUUCUCCUGAAGCAAUCGAGAAAUGGACGGCAAGCACAUCCCUCAAGAAAGCGCCCGACCUGGAGGACACUGCCAAUGUAUAUGUCAUGCUUGCUCAGAACACAUCUAUGACUGGGCAAUCAAUACAGAUCGAUUCCGGUUUCUCUUUCAGGUAGAACAAGCCCAAACCCCAUGCGAAGGAGACUCAGGGCUAUGGCGCCGGGCAUUGGAAUAGGGUGGUAUUAAGAGUGCUAAUGACUGGUAUCAUGAUGUUAGCAAUAUAGAACAAAUAAUGGCUUGCUUUUAAUCACCAGAUCCCUAUACUAGAGGGUUGUAGAACGGUGUAUACCCCACAUCACCCGAGUAAAAUGUGCGAUCGCCAACCAUCCGGGCCUUCAGAGCGGCCCUAAGAGCGUCGGAAUUUUGUUCUCCUUCCACCUUCAUCUUGUGCACCUU